AUGCGGCUGGCAAACGAUGGGCACACGGUGAUGCUGAGCCUGGCGAGCGAGUCGGCCUCUGAGCACAUCACCAUCAGUGGUGGGGGCCUCCCCGGCACCUACCGUGCGCUGCAGCUCCACUUCCACUGGGGCAGCCCAGCCGGGGAAAGCCCAGCUGGGAACGGCUCUGAGCACACCCUCGACGGGCGCCAGCUCCCCAUGGAGCUGCACAUCGUUCACAUCAACGUCAAGUACCGGACGCUGGCAGAGGCCAAGGGGCAUCCCAAUGGGCUGGCUGUCCUCGGCUUCUUCUUCCAGGUCUCUGAAACCCCUAACACCAACUACAACACCAUCGUGGUGGGGCUGAGGAAUGUCUCCCACGCUGGGGACUCCCUGGAUUGUUUUUUCCUGAGCACCCUGCUGCCACGCACCAGCCAGCUCUCUGGGUACUACCGCUACCAGGGCUCCCUCACCACCCCCGACUGCAGCGAGGUCGUCGUCUGGACUGUCUUUGAGGAGCCCGUGGAGAUCGGCCGGGAGCAG